CCCUUUCCGGGCCAGCGGCGAAAACGUGGGUCACGUGCGCGAGCCCAGCGGUUAGAGGGUCACGUGACAGCAGCAACCCCCCCCCCACGUGACCCGACAACCUCCUUUUUAGUGAUGAGGUCGUAGCCAAUGGCUUCCAUUCUUGUGAUAGCGAUGAAGAUGACAGAGCCUCGCAUGCAAGUUCUAGUGACUGGACUCCAAGACCACGGAUAGGUCCCUACACUUUUGUUCAACAGCAUCUCAUGUUAGGCACAGACCCAAGGACAAUUUUGAAAGAUCUGUUACCAGAAACUAUUCCUCCACCUGAACUAGAUGAUAUGACACUGUGGCAAAUUGUUAUAAACAUUCUUUCAGAACCACCAAAAAGGAAAAAACGAAAAGAUAUUAAUACCAUUGAGGAUGCUGUGAAACUUUUGCAAGAAUGCAAAAAGAUUAUGGUCUUGACUGGAGCUGGGGUGUCUGUGUCUUGUGGAAUACCUGAUUUCCGAUCAAGAGAUGGCAUCUAUGCACGUCUUGCAGUAGAUUUCCCAGACCUUCCAGAUCCUCAAGCAAUGUUUGAUAUAGAAUACUUCAGAAAGGAUCCAAGACCAUUUUUUAAGUUUGCAAAGGAAAUAUAUCCUGGGCAAUUCCAGCCAUCCCUCUGUCAUAAAUUCAUAGCUUUGAUGGAUAAAGGAGGAAAGCUACUUCGCAACUACACUCAAAACAUAGAUACACUGGAACAGGUUGCAGGAAUCCAAAGGAUAAUACAGUGUCAUGGUUCUUUUGCUACAGCUUCCUGUCUAAUCUGUAAAUACAAAGUUGACUGUGAAGCUGUUCGAGGAGACAUUUUUAAUCAGGUUGUUCCUAGAUGUCCCAGAUGUCCACCUGAUGAACCACUUGCUAUUAUGAAGCCAGAAAUAGUAUUCUUUGGAGAGAACUUACCAGAGCAGUUCCACAGGGCCAUGAAGUAUGACAAAGAUGAAGUAGAUCUCCUUAUUGUAAUUGGGUCUUCACUAAAAGUAAGACCAGUAGCAUUGAUUCCAAGUUCCAUCCCCCAUGAAGUGCCUCAGAUAUUAAUUAAUAGGGAACCUUUGCCCCAUCUACACUUUGAUGUGGAACUCCUUGGAGACUGUGAUGUAAUCAUUAAUGAACUAUGUCAAAGGCUGAGUGGUGAAUAUACAGAACUUUGCUACAACUCCAUAAAACUUUCAGAAAUAACAGAAAAACCACCACGAAUGCACAAGGAGCUUGAAAUGCAUUCAGCUGAGUUACCACCUACCCCUUUAAACAUUUCUGAAGAUUCUAGUUCACCUGAAAGAGCAACUCCCCCAAACUCUUUGGUUGUGCUUUCAGAGCAUCCAACAAAAUGUAGGGCAGAAAAUUCUGAACUUGCCUCAGACUCUAAUGGGAACUGCAUGGAGAAAUUCCAGGAGGUACAGACAUCCUCAGAAAAUCCUGAAAGUAUUACUGGCCAGUUAACGAACUUAGAACAUCCAAAAGAAAAUGGAGCUAACAAUGGAGAACAGAAAGAAAAAAAUGAUAUAACUCCGUCGGUUGAAACUUUGAGGAAAUGCUGGCCAAACAGAUGUGCAAAAGAACAGAUUAGCAAGCGGCUUGAUGGUACUCAAUACCUAUUUUUACCACCAAAUCGCUAUAUUUUCCAUGGUGCUGAGGUGUACUCAGAUUCUGAAGAUGAUGUCCUAUCUUCCAGUUCUUGUGGAAGUAGUAGUGAUAGUGGUUCUUGUCAUAGUCCAAGCUUAGAUGUGGAAGAUGAAAGUGAGAUUGAAGAAUUCUACAAUGGCAUGGAGGAAGAGGAUGCUCCAGAAAGAGAAGAGGAAAUUGCAUUUGGGGAAGAUGGUGUUGAAGAAGAUGCAGUUGAUGAAUCAGGUUAUAUAAAUGAAGCUGUAGGGACUGACCAUCCAUCAAACAAACUGUAAAGUAAUCAGACUGGUUAGAGGAACUUUACACCAGCAUUAGGAGCUUUCGGCAUGUCAGAAUGAAUGUUUACUUCUAAAUUUAGAGCAAGGAAACCAUAAAGAUGUAAUGUUUGUAAACAACUAAACAGAUUUUCAUGCAUAGUUUUAUAACUUUUUCAAUAAAAUACUAUAACUGCACACUCAACACUAAUCCAUCUUUUGGUUUUUUUUAAAAGGUACUAAGUAUCUUUAAGUAAUUGUCACUGUGUUCACUUUUAAGUUCAUUUGUGAGAUCAGGCAUCUGUGUGUUGUGUAUAUAUACAGUAUUUUUGUGUAUUGAAUUUCAGCAUAUAUUAUUUUUAAACGGUUUUGAAAAAGCCAUUGGAAUGUUAAACUAAUAUAAAGGGAACAGCUAAUUUAGACCAAAGAAUGGUAUUGUCACACCUAUUUUGCUUUGUAACAGUUUGGUUUAAUUAAAACCUCCUUAUGUUUCUGUUAAAUCUUUUGUUCUGGAAUAGUCUGUCAUUAAACACUGGCAUUUUCCAAGACCUACUGUGGCAGCUAAUUUUUGCUUUAAUGAUUAUAUGUUUGAGAUAUAGUUAAUGUGAGUCAUAGUUAAGAAUGAAAAAGGAUAGAAAGCAUUUGAAAAUAUUUUUAAGUUUCUGAGACUAAUAAAAAGUGCUGUGAGAAGCAUCAUGCUUUUUGAAUGAUGACUUUUCUUAUUUCCUGUGGAUAUGAAGCAUUGUCUAUAUUGUGUUAUAAGAUUAGGACAGACCAUAAGAAAUUUGUGAGAAUAUACUUUGGUUGGGCAGAAAAGUGGAUGCCCUAGGGCAAAAGUUUUCUAAGUUAUUGUAUAAAAUAACUGUUGCUAAUAAUACAGCUUGCAGUAAAAACUUUUUUGAUAAACUGCCAAGACCAUAUGUAAGCUAUGAUAAAUUUGUAAUAUUGGUAUUAUUGGGGGGAUGCAAGGAGGAAAAGAUCUCUUCUAAAUAUUUGUAUGUUCAUCACGUAACGAAGAAAAAGGGAAGAAGAUGUUCAAAAAUUAAGCAGACUUUUGCUAAUGCUUCCAAAGUAAUUUGUAAAAUGCAGCAUAAUCAUAACUCAACCUGAAAGUGUGCCUCUUGGAGGUUCCAUGCGUCCUGUUGGCUGAAUGAUACCUUAAUACUAUCUGUUACUAUAAUGUGUACUAAAAAGCAAAGCAGCUAGAAAUUGGUUCCUACAGAGUACCUUCAAGUGUUAAGCUGCCUUAAAACUGGAUGUCACAAUAAAUUUUUUCAACUGCAUAUUGUUUCCAAGCCUUUAGAAUUAAAUAUUUUGUAAAACUGCACACUAGUAGUAAGUAAAGCGUUUUUUCUAUAAACUAUGUUUUUCAACAUUGGCCCGAAAAGACUUCUGUAGAUGUAGAUUAUUCAUAUACUUUGCUUUAAUAUUUAUUACAUUUUGGAAUAGUAGCUGUUCUUUAAACAGAAAAUACAUCAGUUAGCUAACAAAUGUAUUAAGAAUGGCCUUCUGUGUUCAUCUAAAAAAAAGUCAGCAUGUCAUUUCAUGGUCUAGAUUUAAAAGGCAGUUCUUAUCUGGCUACACCUAAAGAAUACAAUAUGUUUAGUUUUAACCUGCAUGUCACAAUGUAUUAGUUUGUGCUAUAGGAGAUAUUUUAAAUUGAAAAACUUGGUUUUAAAUUAUUUUUACAGUAAGGAUUGUUUUCUGCUCUUUUAUAUUGUAUAUAGUGUCUUUUAUGUAAUCUACUGGCAUAUGUUUUGUAGAAGACUGUUUAAAAUGACUGGCUCUCUUCCUGCAACUUUUGAAAUACAAAACCAGUGUUUUAUACUUGUACACUCUGUUCUCAGUCUAUUAAAAUUGUUGUUUGACUUC